AUGCUACUCACCAGAUUGCAACUUGGUGUUUACGCCAACCAGCAACCCUUCUGUUUAUAUUUAUUUCCCGUGGUCCAGUCACCACUACCAUCACAAGAAGGCCCUUUGUCACAAUUUCGAACUGAUUCAUCACAACACACACAAGAAUGUUAUCGUCUACGAGAUAUAGACGUGAUAUUUUUCGAGUCACGCGUUGGAUAUAUUUAUAAUUCCGGAAAAAUACCCAAGAUGUAUUUCGAUAUGCCUGGCCACUGUUUUCAGGAACAUUCAGGGGAUUUAUAUUUGUCGACUCGUGCUCUAAAUUCAACUGCAACUCGAUUUGGUAACCAUUUGCUCGCGGAAUUUUGUAAACUGGGUAAACAGGAAAUACUGGCAGGUCAUGCUGAUCGUAUAUUAAAUAGCGUUUCAAUUUCUCGAGGAUCUUUCAUCGAGGCAGAAUUUGAAUUUUUCUCUAUGGACUCUAGAAACAAUAUAAUACCUUCACCCACAUUGACGCCUAAAACAACAAUUCAGCAUAGUCCACCACAUUCAUUUCGUGAAGACCUGCCAUUGAUCAUGACUUCACCAUCACCAUCAUCCACUGAACGUCAUCUUUGCCAUCCUUGCUCCCCUGUCAACACAAGAAAACGCAUGUCACUCGAAGAAGUUCUUGAUAAUGAUGAAUCUGAUAACAGAAGGUAUGAAUCAAGAGUAGCGUCGCCGGUCGAACGCAUUGUUUCUCCUAAUGGAUCAGAUAGAGGAAAUCUAUUGAUCAAACAAGAAUCAUCAUCACCGAUUCUUUCGGGAAGUGAGCAUUCCUUCAAUCCUUCAUCUCCAAAUCACCUUUCAAAAUCAUCACCUCAAUCACCCGCCUCGUCAAACACAUCAACAACGGAUCUAUCUACAUUAAUUAAUGAUGAUGACACACGUAUACGAAAGAAAAGGAGAGUCACUAUUUCACCUGUCACUUCGAAUAAUAUUAAAGUAACUAAUAAUCCAGAAGUUAUGGAACAAGUUCGUAACACGUUGAAAUUGAAGCAGCAACAAAAAGCUAUCAUAGAAGCGAGACAACAAGCUCAACAACAACAAAUUUUGCAGCAACAGCAAAAUCAAGUUGAUAGACGACACUCUGUUGUCUCUAAAAUUAACUCUCAAAGCAGCGAUGCUACUGGUUGGGAUAGAGUUAAUAAUUCCGGAACAACUUUAAAACGUACACAUAGCAAAAGAAACUCGAGAAAUCUUAGUGUGUUUGCACCACCUUACAAUAAUGGACAAACAAACUCGGCACAUUUUAGUCCGUCACGUAAUUUGAGUCGCAGUAAUUCACCCAUUGUUACUCCAAUUACACCAACAAUGAAUAACCGUCCUUCAUCAAGGCUUAGUGUUUCCGGAUAUCCACUCUCUGCAAAUCCUGCUUUUCGUCCAGCGCAAUCGAUCCAGAAUAAUGACGUUAAUAAUACACAUUCAGCGUCAAAGAGUGCUAGUAUUAAUGGUCUCAUUUCUUCACAGAAUGUUGAAUUUCUGUCUUCGAGUUCAUCAUCAAAUAAUAUUGCCCCUGAUAAUGUUAAACAACAAGAAAGGUCAUCUUCCUCAAUGGAUGAUUUAACCCAUGGCGACAGAACUAACAAGGAAUCUUUCAUAAAUUUAUUUGAUUCAUUAUACGAUACCGUUGCUGAUAGUCGUAAUCUCAAAUCGACUCUCGAAGAUCAAAUUCGAAAAUCUUCAACUCUGCUGCAAACUCUCCAAACUUCCGGUUCCAUGAUCGAAGGUUUGGUACGUGGACAUUUUAGAGAGAUGCAACGAGACAUUGUCAAAGAUUUGAUGACACUUGAAAAACGGAUCGCCAAAGUGGAAAGAGAAAUACGACAAAGUUCUGUUGUGGGUAUGAGUCUCAGUCCACCACUCGACCCCGAUAGACGCUUGAGUGAUAUCAGUACCGCUAGUUAUGAUAUGGGUUACCCGCAUCAUCAUCUUAGCCAUCGUCCAUCUACCGCUUAUAGUGGAAAUACUAGUAGUACUAAUAGUUAUGCUUCAGGAUCUCCUUAUACUCCCACAACUAGUGUACAUCCGAUUGUUGGUGGUACUAGUCCACCUUUAACUGCCACUUUGAACGGGGGAGGAUCAGAUAAUCUCAAAGAUUACCCUAGUAUGUUGAGUGCUUUACAGGAAAGAUUGGAAUCCCUGGAAAGAAGGAUGUCCGUCCCGUAA